AUGCUCAUGCACUCGUUAGACACUGUCAAGACACGGCAGCAGGGCGACCCGCAUAUCCCGCCUAAGUAUACGUCGCUUGGCCGCUCCUAUAUCACCAUCUUUCGGCAGGAGGGCAUCCGUCGCGGUCUGUACGGCGGUUGGGUGCCCGCUCUGUCUGGCUCCUUCCCGGCUACUUGCCUGUUCUUUGGCGGCUAUGAGUAUAGCAAACGGCAUAUGCUUGACGCCGGGGUGCAGCCUCAUAUUGCCUAUCUGAUGGCAGGCUUCAUCGGCGACCUCGCCGCAUCGACGGUCUACGUGCCCUCAGAAGUUGUCAAGACCCGUCUGCAGCUGCAGGGUCGCUACAACAACCCCUACUUCAACUCCGGGUACAACUACAAGGGCACGGUAGACGCCGUACGGACGAUCAUCCGCACCGAGGGCUUCGGCGCGCUCUUCUACGGUUACGGCGCCACGCUCUGGCGCGACCUGCCCUUCUCGGCGCUGCAGUUCAUGUUUUACGAGCAGGGGCAGAAAUGGGCCCACGACUGGAAGGGCAGCCGUGAUAUUGGUUGGCAGCUUGAGCUGUUGACUGGUGCUGCUGCUGGCGGUUUGGCUGGUACUAUUACCUGCCCGCUGGAUGUAGUCAAGACUCGUUUACAGACCCAGCUUCACCCGGAAGCCGCGGCCGCGGCGAAUCCUAAGCCGGCUGCUGCUGUUCCUCCUCAACCGACACAACCCCCACCAGCAUCGUCAUCCCCGACAUCAAUAGGUACAUCAUCCUCCUCUAAUACCGACGCGGCGUCAAAGCACCAAAAACGCUUAAUAUCGACCUCCUCGCCGUCAACACACACACCAAAGCCGGGCGCCGUCACUCUCGAGACAUCGUCCAUGAUCACGGGUCUGCGGCUAAUCUACAAGACGGAGGGCUUUGCCGGUUGGUUCCGUGGUGUCGGCCCCCGCGCGGCCUGGACCAGCAUCCAAAGCGGAUGCAUGUUGUUCCUGUAUCAAUCGAUCCUACGCAAGCUCGAGACGUGGAUGCCAGUUGAGAGGAAGGAGUUGGCUGAGUCGUAG